CCUCCCGCCGCCGCCCCGCCCCUCGGCUCCCUUCCGCGCUCGCACCGGGCCCCGUCCGCUCCCUCCGCGAUCGCCCCGUUCGCCGCCCCCGCCCCGCCAUGGCCUCCGCGGCCCCCCCCGGGCAGGGCGGCUCCGCGCCGCCCCUCGCCGUCCAGCGCGGCAUCGUCAAGAUGGUGCUGUCGGGCUGUGCCAUCAUCGUCCGCGGGCAGCCCCGAGGCGGGCCGCCCCCCGAGCGCCAGAUCAACCUCAGCAACAUCCGCGCCGGGAACCUCGCCCGCCGUGCCGCCGCGGGCCAGCCGGAUGCCAAGGAUACCCCGGACGAGCCCUGGGGGUUCCCGGCUCGCGAGUUCCUGCGGAAGAAGCUGAUCGGGAAGGAGGUCUGCUUUACCGUGGAGUACAAGACCCCGCAGGGCCGGGAGUACGGGAUGGUGUACCUGGGCAAAGACACGAGCGGCGAGAACAUUGCCGAGUCCCUCGUGGCCGAAGGGCUGGCUUCCCGCCGGGAAGGGAUCCGAGCCAACAACCCCGAGCAGAGCAGGCUGGCGGAGCUGGAGGAGCAGGCCAAGAGCGCCAAGAAGGGGAUGUGGAGUGAGGGGACGGGCUCUCACACCAUCCGGGAUCUCAAGUACACAAUCGAAAACCCCCGGCACUUCGUCGACUCCAUGCACCAGAAGCCAGUCAACGCCAUCAUAGAGCAUGUCCGGGACGGCAGCGUGGUGAGAGCCCUCCUCCUCCCCGAUUACUACCUGGUCACCGUCAUGCUCUCGGGGAUCAAGUGCCCCACGUUCAAGCGGGAGGCGGAUGCCCCCGAAGUCCCCGAGCCGUUUGCGGCCGAAGCGAAGUUCUUCACGGAGUCGCGGCUGCUGCAGAGGGACGUGCAGAUCGUCCUGGAGAGCUGCCACAACCAGAACAUCCUGGGCACCAUCCUGCACCCGAACGGGAACAUCACCGAGCUUUUGCUGAAGGAGGGCUUUGCCCGUUGCGUGGACUGGUCCAUCGCCGUCUACACCCGUGGCGCCGACAAGCUGCGUGCGGCCGAGAGGUUCGCCAAAGAGCGCAAGUUGAGGAUCUGGAGGGACUACGUGGCCCCCACGGCAAACCUGGAUCAGAAGGACAAGCAGUUUGUAGCCAAGGUGAUGCAGGUGCUGAACGCGGACGCCAUCGUGGUGAAGCUGAACUCUGGGGACCACAAAACCAUUCACCUGUCCAGCAUCCGACCCCCCCGGCUGGAGGGGGACAGCACGCAGGUGACCGUGGGGACGUGUGGCAGGGAGGUGACUGUGGGGAACAUAACGUAUUCAGAUGAAGAUGCAUCUCCCCUUGCUGCCCAGGUGCUGGGUUUGCAGGUGCGGCGCCAGCGCCGGCUGGAGCCCCUCGCCGGGACGGCCGGAGACCCUCACCGGGACGGCUCCCUUGGUUCGGGGCAGCACCUCCGCAGCAGGGUGCAGCACGGCUCCUUCCCGCUGUGCAGUGUCAAAAGCCGAAUGUUCCUGGCAAUCCUUCCCCAGGCCAUGUCCUGCCACCACCGUGGGAUUAGCAGCUCGCCGGGCUGGAGGCUGAGCCGUACCGCUGUGCUCACCGCGGCUGGUGCUGCCCUCGCCUCCGGUGAAAUUGCCUGGUCCUUGUUUGGCCGGGCUGGAGCCAGAGCUGGUUUCUGCCGUGUUUAA